AUGCAUCGCUACAUCCCUCGACGAGACGGAAUUCCCCUCUCCGAAAAGAUCCGCAUGAAGCAAGACCCUCUACCGCUGCCUACGCCGACUGCCUCCCGCCCCGUCUCCGUCGUGGGACCUUCGGUCUUGUCCCCAGCUUCUUCCAAGCGCCCUUCUCCGUCUUCAUCUACUCCUUGUCGUCGAAUCAGAACAAGGUUCUUUGGGCCGCGGCCGAAGGAAGAGGAGGAACACCAACGACACGAAGAGAGACUGGCUGAAGCCUUGGAGGUCGACAAGGCAGCCAAGAUUCUCGAUUUUGGGGUUCAUCCGGCCUCAUUACCAAGGGCAUACUCAUAUUUGUUGCUAGGCUCACGCCAAUUACGAAGCAGUCUGCCAGCGGCGCCAUACAAAGUCCUCCAGGCGCCGGGUCUCGAGGAUGACUACUACCGCUCGCCAAUGGCCUACUCGUCAACCUGCCAAUGUUUAGCUGUGGCUCUGGGGAGCACUGUUUACCGAUGGUCGGAAUGGCACGAUCCCCAACCUGUUUACCGCACUCCUCGCCAGCGACAUACGAGUCUGACAUCUCUGUCAUUUUCCUCUACCCAAGGCAACAAGGCAAUACUAGCAUUUGCGCGGAAGGACGGUUAUUUUGGUCUACUAUCGUUCAUUGACGAAAUGCUGCCACGGUUUUGGUUCCACCACCCGUUUCCAGUCGAAUGCAACCCCUUCAUCUCGGGCGCUACAGUGCCGACAGAGGACCUCCUAGUUGGCGAUGGUCGAGGAAACAUCUUGCACUACGUGGUUGAGUGGCCCAGCUUGUGGGAAGUAUCUCGCGACACUUGGUUUGGCAAGGUGACCCCCGUUGCCAAGAUUGCAGCGCAUACCUCGCAGAUAUGCGCGCUGGUCUGGUCUCCCAACGGCCAAGAAUUUGUUUCCGGGAGCAACGACAACACGGCCUGCUACUUUGAGAUACAACGAUUGGAGGGCCAACGCAAGCACCACAACUCAUCUACGAGUUUGGCUCGCAAAAGUCGCCGGUCAAAGAGCGAUUGGGGCCUGCCGGAAGGAAAUCAUCCUCGACCAAAGCAGCAUGAUGCGAGCCGCAAUGGAUUGAGCCCAGGCGUGGAGACGUUGUUUGACGCCGCUCCGAUGGGCGGAAGGAUUGAGGCUGGUGUUAUUGGAGGGAUUCCAAGAACGAUACAAGUGCCUACAGAAGACCUGCGAGUGUUCAAACGCGGAAUGGAGACGCACUGUUGGCGACAUGAAGCUGCAAUAAAGGCAAUCGCAUUCUGUCCCUGGCAGGACGGGCUCAUUGCAACGGGCGGCGGCUUGGGCGACAAGUGCAUCCACUUCUUCCACACGACGUCUAGCACACCACUGGCCACCAUCGAUGUCGGGGCACAGGUCACCUCGUUGAUCUGGUCUACGACGCGGCGCGAAAUAGCAGCGACAUUUGGCUACAGUCAUGGCUAUGCACAAACCGAGCACCCAUAUCGCAUUGUUGUGUUUAGCUGGCCGUCUUGUCAGCAAGUUGGGGCUAUUGCUUGGGCAGGUGGCCCCCGGGCAUUGUACGCCAUUCCGUAUCCUAGAGGACCAUCAGAUGCGCACAAGCGAAGCCGUACGGCGAAAGAAGGAACUAUUGCGGUGGCAUCGAGUGACGAGACUCUCAAGUUUCAUGAAGUUUGGCUGGACAGGCCAAAAACGAUUAUUGGUGGCGCGGUUGGCAUUCUGGGCGGUAGUGACAUUCUUGAGGCUCUUGGCGGGAUCGACAAGGAAGGAGUUAUCAUUCGGUAA